AUGGAAAAUUAUGAGGCCUUUGUAGGCUUUGAUCUCUGUAAGAUACCACUCUCCAGUGUUGCCCAGAAGAUUAUGUCUGCUAUGCAUUCAGGCAAUUUAGUGGAGUCUAGGAAUUGGAGAGAGAAUAAAAAGACUGCGGAAGUGAUGAGCAAGUCCAGGGUUGAGUUUUCAGGGCUGCUUGAAGAUGGGAACAACCAAGCACUGGGAAAAAAGGAUCUUAAUUCUUUCACAAGCCAGGCAUCAAGUGCUUCCAUCAGACUCUGUCCUCGGUCCUCCACUCUCACAGUCACAGAGCAGCUGCCUACUGGCCAAAAGCAGAGCACAGGCUCCCUGGCUCCUCCCAGUUGUCCGAUUCCACAGCGUAACCAAGAGGCUUCCGUUCUACAGAAAGUGGAACAUAAAAGAAGACAUUUCCUUAAAAAAUAUAUAAAUAAUGAAAAUAAAGAAAGCAGGCACCUUAAGAGAAAACGUAUUACCUGUAAUAAUUCACCAGAGGAAACCAGUAAACAUGAGGCAUUGGAAGAUGCUGGCCAGGCGGAAGCCUCCCUAAAUUCUGGGGACCCAAGAACAUUCGGAAGCCGUUUUUGUGAUACCAGGUAUUUGGAUGAUUUAGAGAAAAGCCAGCUGAUUGAAAUGCUCAAGCAGGCGGUGACCGUGGUGGUAACUCUGAUGUAUAAGGAUGGUUCAACCCAGCUAAGAGCUCACCAGGCUCUGGUUCCCUCUGUUAAAGGAGUUGUCAUGUUACUGCAGAGCCACGCGGGAGGGGGUCGUGGUCCUCCCAGUGCCUCGGCCUCUGGCCCGGUUCUGGAGGAAGGCUUCUCACCCCGGGACUGGUACAUCUACGUAAAAACAGAGUGCUCUUCUGUUCGGGACCAGGAACAAGAGGCACACAAUCAGUUUGCCAGGAACUUGCUGUUUCAAAUACUGAAAUGUGACUGUCCUGUCGUUUGUUAUGAUGCUAAGGAUUUUGUGAGAACAGUGCUACAGUUUUUGGGUGAUGAUGGCAGCUGGAAGCACGUUGCUGGUUUUGUGGGGAUAGACCCUCGCAUUGCUGCCUGGCUUAUCGACCCUCGUGAUGCUGCGCCGUCCUUUGAAGAGUUAGUGGCAAAAUACUGUGAAAACUCCACCACGGUAAAUGUGCACAGCAUGUACAGACACUCCUCAAGGAAUGCCGUGAACGAGAACGUAUGUGCAAACCUGAGGAUUCUCUACAGGCUCACGAUGGACCUUUGCUCGCGGCUGAAGGUUUAUGGUUUAUGGCAACUAUUUUGUACUUUGGAGCUUCCUCUGAUACCAAUUUUGGCAGUGAUGGAAAGCCACAGCAUUCGGGUGAACAAGGAAGACUUGGAGAGGACCUCAGCGCUUCUUGGGUCCCGUCUCAAGGAGCUGGAGCAGGAAGCCCAUUUUGUUGCAGGAGAACAGUUUCUUAUAACGAGUAAUCAUCAGCUUCGCGAGAUCCUCUUCUGCAAACUGAAGCUGCACCUGCUGAGUCCGGCAGAGACGCUCCCCAGGACGGGGCUGCGGAAACACCUGUCCACCUCUGAAGCCGUGUUAAAUGCUCUGCAAGACCUCCAUCCGUUACCCAAGAUCAUUUUGGAAUAUAGGCAGGUUCACAAGAUCAAGUCAACCUUUGUAGAUGGACUACUAGCUUGCAUGAAAAAGGGCUCCGUCUCCUCCACGUGGAACCAGACCGGGACUGUGACCGGAAGGCUUUCCGCCAGGCACCCCAAUAUCCAAGGAAUCUCCAAGCACCCAAUUCAAAUUACCACACCUCAGAAUUAUAAAGGGACGGAGGAGGACACCCUCACCAUCGCCCCGAGGACUGUGUUCGUCGCGGCUGAAGGCCACAGCUUCCUGGCAGCAGACUUUUCGCAGAUUGAAUUGCGCAUUCUUGCACACUUAUCGGGGGACCCAGAGCUUUUGAAGUUAUUCCAGGAAUCUGAAAGAGAUGAUGUAUUUUCUACCCUGACUGCACAGUGGAAGGACAUCCCCGCAGACCGUGUGACGCACAAAGACCGAGAGCAGACCAAGAAGGUGGUGUACUCCGUGGUCUACGGGGCAGGGAAGGAGCGGCUUGCUGCUUGCCUUGGAGGGACUGUUCAGGAAGCCUACCGGUUUUUGGAGAGUUUUUUGCAGAAGUACAAGAAAAUCAAGGACUUCGCCCAGGCAACCAUUGCCAGGUGUCGCCAGACAGGCUACGUGACAUCUGUCCUGGGCAGGAGGAGACCGCUGCCGGGGAUCCGAGCGCAGGACCCGCAGCUCCGGGCACAGGCUGAGCGGCAGGCGGUGAACUUCGUGGUGCAAGGCUCGGCCGCAGACCUUUGCAAGUUGGCCAUGACCCACGUCUUCGCUGCAGUGGCUGCCUCCCCAACCCUGACAGCCAGGCUGGUCGCCCAGAUUCACGACGAGCUGCUGUUUGACGUGGAAGAGCCUCAGCUUCCUGAGUUCGCAGCGCUUGUCAGGGGAGCCAUGGAGUCCUUGCGGCACGUCAGGGCCUUGGAGCUGCAGCUGCAGGUGCCCCUGAAGGUGAGCCUGAGUGCCGGCCGCUCCUGGGGACACCUGGUGCCCCUGCAGGAGGUCCCGAACCCCCAGCCACGCCCACGUCCUGCUGAGUCUCCAAGCAACCGCCAGGCCGCUGCUGGGCCCCGGGUCAGCACCUGCACCCCACGCCUGCAUUUUUCCCCUGAAUUUUGCCUGUAGCCUCAGGCGACGGUGGGAGGCCAGAACCGGUUCCCACCAGCCCAUGCUGCGGCCUUGCCACGGUCAGCGGCAGGCGGCCUGGGCUGGUCCCGGCUGCAGCGGGACCUGGCACGGGCCACGUUCACCCUCUGGGUCAUCCACCUGGAAUAAACGUGUGCACAGAG